CUCGUCGCCUCGUCUGUCGUCUUGCUGCGCCGCAGCGACAGGAAUCAAGGCCCAUCAAUGAGAGUGGUGGCUUCGGCUUUCGUUCUGCUGCUCGCUGGCGUCCAGUCUUUGCAUGUUUCCAUUCCGCCCCGGGCGAGGAGGGGAGCUCCUUCAUCACCGCUGCUACUGCGAUGUCGGCUGAUCUCUAACCAUCAGCACCUCAGCCGCAACACCAGAGUGCUGGCCUCUUCCAGCGACACGAUGAUGAGCACGGAGGAUUUGGAGGAAACCACCGAUUCUGCUCCUAACGAUUCUACUCCUAUUCUGGAAACCAAAGCUUCUACUCCUCCUAAACCGUACACCCCGAGCAUUCUAUGGUGGACCAAGAACAGGGAGGAAGAGAACAAAAAGCUUAACUUGUUUGCCAACGCUGGCUUCUUGGCGGGCGUGGCGCUGUUUACGAUCGCUGUGGUCUUCGGGGUGAACUCGGAAGUUUCCCGGGGCUGGACCAUCGGAGAAUACAUUCUUCGGGUGCCGCUGGACAACUGGGACGGUUACUCGGAGAUGCUGAGGCAAAGCCCGGUCCAGGUGAAGGCCUGCACUAGUGGGAUCGUCUACGCCCUGGGAGACCUGGUAGCGCAGUCGAUGGAGGGUACGGAGCUGGCGGAGAUCGAGAGGCAAAGGGUGGUUCGGUCGGCCAUGGCCGGGCUGCUGCUUCACGGGCCCCUGAGCCACGUCUGGUACAACGUGUGCGAGGGGCUGUUCGACAUCGUUGGUUGGAACGAAUACUGGUGGGUGCCAGCGCCCAAGAUCAUCACGGAUCAGCUCCUCUGGGGUCCGGCCUGGAACGCGGUCUACAUCGCCUUCCUCGGCGUGCUGAACAAGGACUCGUCCGCAGUGAUAUGGGAGGCGAUAACCUCGACGGCUCUCCCGCUCGUGAUCGCCGGAAUCCGGCUCUGGCCGUUGGCGCACGUCGUCACCUACGGCCUGGUUCCGAAAGAGAACCGGCUCUUGUGGGUCGACGCUGUUGAGAUCGUUUGGGUUACGAUCCUGAGCAGCCAGGCGGCGGAGCAAGCGCGAUCUCCCGCGGAACAGGAGGAAAGCACGAGCUGACCCUUGUCUUAGACCUCGUCCCCCACCUAAACCCGGAGAUGAAAAUGAAGUUUCGGGCUGAAAUCCUCUUCCGGAGUUCGUCCUGCGUAUACAUGAAGAUGAAAAUGAAAUCGUUGCCACGGAGCGUUGAGGAGGGAAGCAGAUCAGAUGACCAGGACUGCUGUCCUGUGAUUCCCGCGAUGUGGGUAGCACCAGAGAGAGAGAAAGAGAGGGAGAGAGCCGGCUUGUUGGCGGUGUGUCUCCGAGGAGUAAGAAGGGGGCCCCGACUGGAAAGGGGGAUGAAAGUCUUGAAGCGAGCAGCAAUUGCGUAUGCCCCCCUCGCCCCUGCCCCGGCGCUGGGGGAUUCAUUCUCAACAUGCCCUUUCAAGACAACUUUUACUCAAAAAAAUGAGAAGACGCCUGGGGAGCUGGAGCGGUUGACAUUUUGCUGAAGCAUAUACUUCUUCCGUCAGAAACCACGCGCGCAUGGUAAUUCUUGUUUGGUUGGAUCGAGUAGAGCUUGCGUGUGCCAAGACGUGAGCGCACUCUUGUGGUGAUUGACCGAGAGGCCCCGCCGCCGUCGACCUGUGUAUGAUAUGUACUUGUGUGUGAGUGUGGUUUAUCUUGCUUUUUGCAGUGACUGAGCUAACCGGUUGACCAAUGAAAAGGCGUGAGGCUUGAAGCGGGAGAGAGAAGGAGCCAAUAAAGAGUUGGGUCGGUGGCAGCGUCUUGCGUGGCGGCUACUCUUGAAGUUGGCCAGGACCGUCGGUUGAGCGCAUGAUACACCUUCUUUGAGGGGGGCGGCCGCAGCGGUGUCGCAGCUGUGUGUGUUUGUUUUUUUGCGCGCCCUCCUCCUUUGCGGGUGGGUGUUUGUCCGUGGUAUCGAGAGGGAGAGGAAGAGGCCACGUCUCCUGAUGAACGCCGGAUUUUUUCGGAUGAUGUAGGUCUGUGGAUACAGGAGGGAAGAGGGGGUUUCCCGGUGGCUCGGAGGACAACGAACGGCAUGUAUGUGUGCUUCGCUGUCCUGACGGCGCUAUCGUUUGUGGCCUAACUGUUUUCGGUCUUCGACCUUGAGUAUUUUUACCUGGUAGGUUUUACGAGAAUGGGGGGCUGGACGAGAGCCGGUCAGGCGUUCUUCCGUACCAUUUCCGUACCAUGUCGAACCGGGUGUUACGGUGUCGAGGGCACCACAAAUGUGAUUGCGAUUGGGUCCAGCAGUGAGUAGUUUGCCUUUUGUAGGGCAACUGUAAAUAGUUGUGAUUUUUGUUUGGUGAGUCCUUGCUUUAUCGGACAACGCACUUCGAUGAGCUUUAAAGGAGAGGCGUAUUCGAUGCACGCGUGUUUGUCGUUUUGUUGCUCCCUGCGUGCGUAAAAAGGCUGCGUAUAUCGUGCGGAAAGCGUCAAAACCCGUCCGUUUUGUUUGCUGUUGUUGAAAACAUUCGUCCUUCCCGUCGCGUGACCCGAAGUAUUAUUUUUGGUUUAGCUUGGAUGUGGGUGAGCGAUCGUUUUCUCUUGUGGGGAUCGAUAAGUUUUCAGUAGAAGCGCACUCAACUCUGGCUUUCUCUGUUCUUUUUCUUUUUUUUCUGUUUGCUGCGUUGCGGGAGUGUGCAUGGGGAGCUUCGAUCGUUCCUUUUGUUGUGCUUUUUGCUUGAUCUCAUGCUCCGUAAUGUUAAUUUCCCU